AUGCAGAAGGGAAUACGACUUAAUGAUGGUCAUGUCACCUACCUGGGGCUUUUGGCGAAAAAGGAUGGUACGAGGCGAGGGUGCUUGAGCAAAAAGAGCUCAGACAACACGAAAUGGCACACAAAGUGGUUUGCUUUGUUACAAAAUGUGCUCUUUUAUUUUGAGAACGAGUCCAGCUCUCGACCCUCGGGAUUAUACCUGUUGGAGGGAUGCAUAUGCGACAGGGCGCCUUCACCCAAACCUUCACAGUCAGCCAAGGAGUGUUUGGAAAAGCAGUACUAUUUCACUGUCAGCUUCACCCAUGAAAACCAAAAGGCGCUCGAGUUACGCACAGAAGAUGUAAAGGACUGCGAUGAAUGGGUGGCUGCAAUAUCACACGCCAGUUACAGAAACUUGGCCAACGAGCAUGAGACUCUCAUGCAGAAGUAUCUUCAUCUGCUUCAGAUUGUGGAGACGGAGAAAACAGUUGCUAAGCAACUUCGACAACAGAUAGAAGAUGGGGAAAUAGAGAUUGAGAGGCUUAAGUCAGAGAUCGCCGGGCUGCUCAAAGACAACGAAAAGAUUGGCUCCAGCCCAGCGGCCGUCCCAACCGAUGACGACACAGAAAUCAAGAAAAUCAAAAAAGUCCAGAGCUUCCUGCGAGGCUGGAUCUGCAGGAGGAAGUGGAAGACAAUCAUCCAGGAUUACAUCCGCUCACCACAUGCAGAGAGCAUGAGGAAGAGGAACCAGGUGGUGUUCAGCAUGUUGGACUCGGAGGCCGAGUACGUCCAGCAGCUUCACAUCCUGGUGAACAACUUCCUGAGGCCGCUGCGCAUGGCGGCCAGCUCCAAGAAACCGCCCAUCACUCACGAUGAUGUCAGCAGCAUCUUCCUCAACAGUGAAACUAUUAUGUUUCUACAUCAGAUAUUUUACCAGGGUCUAAAAGCCAGAAUAGCAAGCUGGCCGACAUUAGUGCUGGCCGACCUGUUCGACAUCCUGCUGCCCAUGCUGAACAUCUACCAGGAGUUUGUGAGGAACCACCAGUACAGCCUGCAGAUCCUGGCUCACUGCAAGCAGAACCGUGACUUUGACAAGCUGCUGAAGCAGUACGAGGCCAAGCCCGACUGCGAGGAGAGGACUCUCGAGACCUUCCUCACCUACCCCAUGUUCCAGAUUCCCCGCUACAUUCUUACGCUCCACGAACUUCUGGCCCACACACCCCAUGAACAUGUAGAGAGAAACAGUCUGGACUACGCCAAAUCUAAGCUGGAGGAGCUUUCCAGAAUCAUGCACGACGAAGUGAGCGAGACCGAAAACAUCAGGAAGAACCUGGCGAUAGAGCGUAUGAUCGUAGAGGGCUGCGAGAUUCUCCUCGACACCAGCCAGACAUUCGUGAGACAAGGGUCUCUCAUCCAGGUGCCGAUGAGCGAGAAGGGCAAGAUCACCCGUGGGCGACUGGGCUCUCUGUCUCUGAAGAAGGAGGGGGAGAGGCAGUGCUUUCUCUUCUCCAAGCAUUUAAUCAUCUGCACCAGGGGUUCUGGGGGAAAGCUUCAUCUCACCAAGAAUGGAGUAGUCUCGCUUAUAGACUGCACUCUUAUGGAGGACCCGGAGGGGACAGACGAUGAGUCCAAAUCAGACAAGAGCGGCCAGGACAUGGAGCACCUGGACUUCAAGAUUGUCGUGGAGCCAAAGGACAGCCAGUCAUUCACAGUCAUCCUGGUCGCCUCCUCGAGGCAGGAAAAGUCUGCAUGGACCAGUGACAUCAGCCAGUGCAUAGACAACAUCCGCUGCAAUGGGCUGAUGAUGAAUGCCUUCGAAGACAACUCCAAAGUCACAGUGCCACAGAUGAUCAAGUCAGAUUCAAGUCUGUAUUGCGAUGAUGUCGACAUCCGCUUCAGUAAGAUGAUGAACUCCUGCAAGGUGCUGCAGAUCCGCUACGCCAGCGUUGAGCGCCUGCUGGAGAGACUGACCGACCUUCGUUUCCUCUCCAUCGACUUCCUCAACACCUUCCUGCACUCCUAUCGCGUGUUUACCACCGCCGAUGUGGUGCUAGACAAGCUCAUCACCAUCUACAAGAAGCCCAUCAGUGCCAUCCCUGCUCGGUCCCUGGAGUUAUUCUUUGCCAGCAGUCAGAACAGUAAACUCCUGUAUGGAGAGCCUCCCAGCUCCCCCAGGGCCAGCAGAAAGUUCUCCUCCCCACCUCCUCUCGCUAUCGCCAAGAAUUCAUCCCCAAACCGCCGGCGCAAGCUCUCCCUCAACAUCCCCAUCAUCACUGGGGGCAAAGCUCUUGACCUGGCUGCCCUCAGCUGCUCCUCAAAUGGCUAUGCAAGCAUGUACUCAUCCAUGUCCCCAUUCAGCAAGACCACCUUGGACAUCAACAAACUGUACGUGUCCAGCCCCAUCUCCAGCAAAAUCCCAGAUGAGGGAGAGGACAAGAAGGACAAAGUGGAGGACGCUUCAGUGUGCAAACAAGAUCUCUCUGUACGAGAAGAAAGUGACAACGAUCAAAACCAGAGUGAUGACGGGGACGCAGAGACCUCUCCCACCAAGUCACCAACCACCCCGAAAAACAUCAAAUGCAAAAACUCCUCAGAGUUCUCCCUGUUUUCCUACAACAAUGGCAUGGUGAUGUCCUCGUGUCGAGAGCUGGAUAACAACCGCAGUGCCCUGUCUGCUGCCUCAGCCUUUGCUAUUGCUACAGCUGGAGCCAAUGAGGGCACACCUACCAAGGAAAAAUAUCGGCGGAUGUCCCUCGCCAGCACUGGUUUCCCAACAGAUCAGAGAAAUGGAGACAAGGAGUUUGUGAUCAGACGAGCAGCGACCAACAGAGUCCUGAAUGUGCUGCGGCACUGGGUGUCCAAACACUCUCCGGACUUUGAGAGUAACAAUGAGCUGAAGACAAAAGUUAUUGCCUUCCUGGAGGAAGUGAUGCACGACCCUGAGCUGCUGACCCAGGAGAGGAAAGCAGCAGCAAACAUCAUCAGGACUCUAACUCAGGAAGAUCACGGUGACAAUCAGAUCACCCUUGAAGACGUGACACAACUGGUGGGAGAAGGGAAGGCCGAGCCCUUUGAGAACCACUCUGCGCUGGAGAUCGCAGAACAGCUCACUCUGCUGGACCACCUGGUGUUUAAGGUCAUCCCAUACGAGGAAUUCUUCGGACAAGGCUGGAUGAAGAAUGACAAAAAUGAGAAGACGCCGUACAUCAUGAGAACAACAAAGCACUUCAACGAUAUAAGCAACCUUAUUGCCACAGAGAUCCUGCGCUGUGACGACGUGGUCACUCGAGUGGUGGUCAUAGAGAAAUGGGUGGCUGUGGCCGACAUCUGUCGCUGUCUCCACAACUACAACGCCGUGCUCGAGAUCACCUCCUCCCUUAACCGCAGCUCUGUCUUCCGCCUCAAGAAGACCUGGCUCAAGGUUUCCAAGCAGACGAAAGCAUUGAUUGACAAGCUGCAGAAGCUGGUCUCAUCAGAGGGGAGGUUCAAAAACCUGAGAGAGGCUUUGAAGAACUGUGAUCCUCCCUGUGUGCCCUAUCUGGGGAUGUACCUUACUGACCUGGCUUUCAUCGAGGAGGGAACGCCAAACUACACCGAAGACAACCUGGUCAACUUCUCGAAGAUGAGAAUGAUUUCUCACAUCAUCAGAGAAAUCAGGCAGUUUCAGCAAACAGCAUACAAAGUUGACCUGCAACCAAAGGUAGCCCAGUAUCUACUGGAUAAUAGCUUUGUUCUGGAUGAAGAAAGCAUGUACGAAGCCUCACUCAGAAUUGAGCCUAAAGUGCCCAACUGAUGAGGAAGCUGGUCGUCCACAUUAUCUCCUCUGUUAAUAUUACACAUCAGUUAACAUACACAUCAACUUUUGUAUAGUUGUACAUGUUUAAGAUAUUUGCUCUUCUGUACAGUAGAUGUUUAAGGUUGUUGACGUCACAAAACCUUUCAGUGUAUAUUUUAUGUUUGUUAUCGUUGCCAUGACGCCACCUGCUUUAAGGAUUUAUUUUUUAUUUUUGGGGGGUAUUUCAAGCAUAAUAACAGAGGUCUCUUUGGUUGCACACGACUGUGUCCUCUCAGUGACCAAUGACAUUAUUUUGCAUCAUCUCAUACUAUGUUGACUUUGCACUUUCUGAGCAUUCGUGCUGCCGGCCGUUGUUCUCUUUGCUUGAGUUUUAUCGAUGACUGAGUUUCUCUGCAACCAAUGUAGCAUUGUAAAAAUGUAACUGCAUCAAAUCAGGUAAAAGAGCACAGAGAAUACAGCUGUAUUUAAAGAUAGGGGACAAUGAUCAGUGGAGGCGACAGAGAGGUACACGAAGCAUAACUGUCUCUGUGCUUCCCGAGCCAAAACAAGAGGGAUUUGUUUUUUCAUUUUUGCUCUCUGAAGUCAGAGGUUCCCAACCAUGUUUAGCACUGCAGACAGUUUUUAUAUUGACGAUAUCAUUGCGGACAAGCCCCAUGGAAUAGGCCGGCGAUUAAAAGGAAAACAGAGCUACUAACACUGAAUGAGUGGUCAGUGUGCUGAUGGAGACAUCAGGAGCCAAAUGCUAACAUCAGCAUGCUAACAUGCUCAUGUUUACCAUUUGCGCCAUCUUUGUUUAGUGUCUUAGCAUGCUGACGUUUGCUAAUAACCCCUAACAAUUCAAUUCAGUCCAAAACACUCUAUUAGACAAUAUGGGGCGGCACAUAAAUAAAGGUAACACUAUAUAGGAAAUUUUAAAAAUACUUUCAAAUGCAAGGAAAGCUGUACACAUUACCUAUAACACGUAAACCUAAUAUAAGCUGUAGCCUACUAAUAACGAUAACGACAUGAGAAUAAAGUGCAAACACACAAACUAACACAAAGUACAGCUAAGGCCGAUGGGAAUGUUGUUAGUUUUGCAGGUAUUUGAUCAAAAGUAUUUAACAAAUUUGAAAGGUCCACAAGAUUUACGGAAUCUAUCGGCAGAAAUAGUAUAUAAUAUUCAUAACUAUAUUCUCAUUCAUUAGUUUAUCAUCACCUGAAAAGUUAUAACUGUACUUUUGUUACCUUAGAAUUUGUUUGAUUACCUUAUAGUUACAUCACCAUAGCUCUCCUACCCCAGGAGUAGGCAGCCUGCAGCUCUGGAGCCACAUUCAGCUCUUCGUGCCCUUUGACAAAAACAAAAAAAAAUCAUAUGGAAAUUAAUUUUAAUAUUCAUUUAUUAGUGCUGUAUGCCUAAAGUGAUUCUGACACUCUUCACCUGUAAAACAUGUAGACUAUAUACUGAAUAAAAAUAACUUUAUUUAACAACAACAUUUAGACAACAGAAAUAUGGGUCAGUCACCUUCAGCUCAGCGCCUUUCCACUACAUUUUGCCAAAUCUUAAUAGCAGUGGCUACAGUAGUCUCAAGUCUUCCUCGUUUGGCUUGCUAUGAUUUUCAAAUCCAAAAAGGAAAAGUUUUGGAAGACAACAGAAUUUAAUAGUGUGUGAAGAGAUGUGUUUGCUUCUACCACCAACUUUGCAAAGUUAAAGUUCCAAAUAAUCAUAAAUAGCCCACUGCAGUGCCACCUGGUGGUAAAACAUGUUAAUGAAUGCUCAUUUAGACCUUUAAAAAUGAUUCCUGAUCUAGAACGGCUCCUUUGAUAGUGAAGGCUGCCGACCCCUGUCCUACAUGCUUGGCACACAGGAGAACUUUCAGCUCUGCAACCUCACCACUAGAUGCCACUAAAUCCUACUUACUGGACCAGGGCUAUUCAAUUACAAAUUCAAUUGUGACAGACUUUUUCAGCAACCUACUGAAAACCUUUUUUAGCUCUCUCUCUCUCACACACACACACAUACACACACACAUAUACACACACUGUAUAUACAUAUAUUA